CCCAGCCCACGUCUGCAGCGGCUGCAUGGCGAGGAUGCUGUUAUAAUUCAACGUCAGAUCAAGUUUAAUCAACGUCCCCCUGCUGGCUCAAUUGGAUCCUUAUACACAAAAAUAUCCUCUUCUCGCUCCGCUACCAUCUUUGAGAAAGUCUGUGCCUUUUUUCUCAACGGAAGAAGAUUCGCUCUGCUGCUGUUCGGCUCGCAGUUCAAUGUAUAUCACUCGUAGUCCACAGUGAGAGGCUGAGAGCACCUUACACAUCUGGCGGAUUUUCUCUGCGCAUAGGCUUGUGUACUUACAUGGUUUUCCUAUAUCAGAUUCGUUUGAGGAGUUAAAUUCAGAGGUCUGAGAAAAUGGGGCAUCGCAUAAUAGCGACUGUCCUUUUUUUUGUGUGGCUUUUUGGUAAAUCGCAUGGAGCGUUUCCAAACCAGAUAAAUAUAGGUGGGCUUUUUAUGCGCUCUACAGUGCAGGAGCACAGCGCCUUCAGAUUCGCUGUCCAGCUGUAUAAUACCAAUCAAAAUGUGACGGAGAAACCUUUCCAUCUCAAUUAUAAUGUAGACAACCUCGAAUCCUCCAACAGCUUUUCCGUCACACAUGCGUUCUGCUCCCAGUUCUCCAGAGGAGUGUAUGCCAUUUUCGGCUUCUACGACCAGAAGUCCAUGAACACGCUGACCUCGUUCUGUGGGGCUCUACACACCUCCUUUAUCACACCCAGCUUCCCCACCGAUGCCGACGUGCAGUUUGUCAUUCAGAUGAGGCCUCCUCUACGGGGAGCUGUCCUCAGCCUGCUGGCCCACUACAAGUGGGAGAAGUUUGUCUACCUCUACGACACCGAGAGAGGUUUCUCUAUCCUUCAGGCCAUCAUGGAGUCAGCAGUGGCCAAUAACUGGCAGGUGACGGCCCGGUCGGUGGGCAGAAUAGUGGACCCUACAGAGUACAAACGUAUCAUCGAGGAGAUGGACCGCAGGCAGGAGAAACGCUUCCUCAUCGACUGUGAGGUGGGAAGAAUCAACACCAUCCUGGACCAGGUGGUGACCCUGGGGAAGAACAGCAGAGGCUACCACUACAUCCUGGCUAACCUGGUUUCACUGCAGGGCUUCGCUAACAUGAGCCUGGACAAAGUGUUUGCUGGAGGAGCCAACAUAACAGGCUUCCAGAUCAUCAACCCAGAGAACCCUAUAGUCACACAGUUCCUCCAGCGCUGGGAACGCCUAGACGAGAGGGAGUUUCCCGAGGCUAAGGGCACACCACUGAAGUACACGUCGGCGCUGACCCAUGAUGCCGUGCUGGUCCUGGCAGAAGCCUUCCGGUACCUGCGGAAGCAGAGGGUGGACGUGUCCCGGAGGGGGAGCGCUGGGGACUGCCUAGCCAACCCGGCCGUGCCCUGGAGCCAAGGCAUUGACAUUGAGAGAGCCCUCAAAAUGGUCCAGGUACAAGGUAUGACAGGGAAUAUCCAGUUUGACUCGUUCGGUCGGAGAUCCAACUACAGCAUCGAUGUGUACGAGAUGAAAAUAGGGGGGCCCAAGAAGACCGGGUACUGGAAUGAAUUCGAAAAAUAUGUAUAUAUUGUGGAUGCGCAGGUCACCAACGAGUCCUCUUCUGUGGAAAACCGAACGAUUGUGGUCACUACUAUUAUGGAAUCUCCUUAUGUGAUGUACAAGCGAAACUACUUGUCGCUGGAUGGGAAUGACAGAUAUGAAGGCUACUGUGUCGAUUUAGCUGCCGAAAUUGCAAAACAUGUGGGGAUAAGAUACAAACUGUCAGUAGUUGCGGACGGGAAGUAUGGUGCAAGGGAUCCAGAGACCAAGACGUGGAACGGGAUGGUGGGUGAACUGGUAUAUGGGAGAGCUGAUAUAGCAGUGGCUCCUCUAACUAUAACAUUGGUACGAGAGGAGGUGAUAGACUUCUCUAAGCCUUUUAUGAGCCUGGGGAUCUCCAUUAUGAUAAAGAAGCCUCAAAAGUCAAAGCCGGGCGUGUUCUCCUUCCUGGACCCACUGGCCUAUGAGAUCUGGAUGUGCAUAGUGUUUGCCUAUAUCGGCGUGAGCGUGGUGCUCUUCCUGGUCAGCCGCUUCAGCCCCUAUGAGUGGCAUCUGGAUGAGAACGACGAGGCCAAAGACCCCCAGAGCCCUCCAGACCCACCUAACGACUUUGGGAUUUUUAAUAGCCUGUGGUUCUCCCUGGGCGCCUUCAUGCAGCAAGGAUGCGAUAUCUCGCCAAGGUCUCUGUCGGGCAGAAUCGUGGGGGGGGUGUGGUGGUUCUUCACCCUCAUCAUCAUCUCCUCCUACACAGCCAACCUGGCUGCCUUCCUCACAGUGGAGAGGAUGGUGUCUCCCAUAGAGAGUGCUGAGGACCUGGCCAAGCAGACAGAGAUUGCCUACGGGACCCUAGACUCAGGCUCCACCAAGGAGUUCUUUAGGCGCUCCAAAAUAGCAGUUUAUGAGAAAAUGUGGUCUUACAUGAAAUCGGCUGAACCGUCAGUGUUCGCAAAGACCACACCAGAAGGGGUUGCUCGAGUGCGAAAGUCGAAAGGCAAAUUUGCCUUUCUUCUCGAAUCCACAAUGAACGAGUACAUUGAGCAGCGGAAACCUUGUGACACCAUGAAAGUGGGCGGCAACCUCGACUCUAAGGGAUACGGUGUGGCAACACCUAAAGGAUCAGCAUUAAGAAAUGCUGUUAACCUGGCAGUGUUAAAACUGAAUGAGCAAGGCCUCUUGGACAAAUUGAAAAACAAAUGGUGGUACGACAAGGGAGAGUGCGGCAGCGGGGGAGGUGACUCCAAGGACAAGACAAGUGCUCUAAGCUUGAGCAAUGUGGCGGGAGUCUUCUAUAUUCUGGUUGGAGGGCUAGGGCUGGCUAUGACCGUGGCUUUGAUAGAGUUCUGUUAUAAGUCACGGGCAGAAACCAAAAGACUGAAUCUGGCUAAGAAUGCCCAAAACUUUAAACCAGCUCCUCCGGCAAACACCCAGAAUUUUGCCACAUACCGAGAAGGCUAUAAUGUGUAUGGAACAGAGAGUGUUAAAAUCUAGGGGAUCUGAAGUCUGUCCCUUCCGCUGGUGUGUCUGGAGGAAGGGACAGUCACUCUGUAGGAAUACAACCCACUGGCUGGCACCCUGGAAGCGAGGCGGCAGACUUGGUCAUCAGCUUGGACCCAAACCCACAGUCAACAAAUGCCCAUCCUGGGUUGCCAAGCCUGGCACGAUAAUCGACGAUGGUGACGCAAUAGGACUUGUGCUUCUUGAAAUAUGGGACUUGCCUCUCUUAGUGCCUUACGGAGCAUUCAGCGUCACAGCAAUGCAACUCCAUUUUGGUUCACUUGAAAAUACAAGAAUCGCAAAAGAAUAUAGGGUAGGAAAGAAAGAAAACAUUUAUACUGUUGUAAUCUAUAAGUGGGAAAGUUUUAGUUGAAUUAUUUUGAAGAAAAAAAGCCAUUAAGAGACUCAUCCCAGAGAACAUUUAAAGUCAUUUCAAGCCUUUACAGGCAUAUUUUAGUGGUAAAAUGUUUAUUGAAAAAAUGUUUUUUUAUUUAACGUACUAGAGUCAUCUUCCUAUUUUACUAUAGAUUAUUAUAUGACAUUGAAAAUAAUUUUAAGACGAACUUAAUAGGGUAGGAUCAAUAGAAAAGGACAAUGUUGUACCCUAAUCUUUUAUUUAAAAUAUGUGCAUAAUUUGAAAUCAUUGGUUAUUUAAAAUGUCUUAGGUGCUGUCCAUUUCCUCAGAGCCUGAUGGACAAGCUGCCAUUUGAUCAUCAUGGUAGCAGUAUAACAUGACUGGUUAAAAUAAAUGCAAUAUUUAAUUUGGGCCAUGGCCCACACUUGUCACUACUGCCGAAAAUGUUACAUUGAAAACAGUUUUUAUGAAGAUGUGAUCAGUUUUUAAAAGCCAUAUGGGGCCAUAUUGUUGAGGUUUUUGAUUGAACAGAGUAUUAACAGUUGUAGAGAACACUUGCAGUAUAGGCCUACUGAGCAUAAUUGGUUUUUGGUUAUAAACAGUACACCCCUAUUUACAACAUAUUAAAGGUUUGAGUACUCAUCUUAAUCAAAAUCGGCUACAUUUCUUUCACAUUAAAAUGGAAAAAGGUUCUUAAAUUGUAAGUCUAAUUGCAACGCAAUCCAAUGAUAAUAUAUUUAAAGGAGUUAAAUCUCUAUCUUAACAUGUAUGGUAAAUAUAGCACACUAUAUCUGGUUGUAAUUUACAUUAAUUUAUUUGUACCUGUGUGUUUUCUGUUUAGAUUGGGUUAAUUACUGAAUAAUGAUCAAUGAGAGUGGAGAGAGAGAUCAGAAGAAUACAACUAGAGUAUUUCUGUUUUAUGUUUCUGAGAAAAAUAACUAUCAGAAGAAUACAACAAGAGUAUUUCUGUGUUUUUAUGUUUCUGCAAAAACUGUGAUCCACUAGCCUACACUUUGAAGACAUGCCAAGACAAAACGGAUUAUGAUGAAUAAGAUAAUUCUUUAUAAACCAUGGAGAACCAUAAAUGUUAAGAAACAUGUAUAUUUCCAGUUGAUUUUUUCUUUUCUUUUUUACAAAUAAAAUGCAUGUGAAAUUGGUGAACCCUUUACCAAACUGCAACCUAAAGCAGACCCUAGGAAGUUAGCAAACAAUCUCAACUUUAUAAUGAAUUUGAUCCUUUCAGUCUUUUGGUUAUUUUAUUUGUAACUGCACCUCAGCAAUGAGAAAAUUGCCACGCUACGUAGUGAUAACAAGAACUGCAUGUGUGGACAUACUGAACCUUGUGAGGUCCUGUACAAAUAAUUUUAUUACAUUUUGUAAAUAAAAAUGGAUUAAAAAUCG